AUGUGGUUCGGUCUAGUCGUUACUUUCGAAUAUACGCAAGCGUUUUUUAUAUUAAUUUAUUAUUGGAUAAAAGCAUUAGGGCGUGUAUUGUUUGUUCAUGAUGUGGAAAAGAACGUUGAAAAUGAAACUAUUCUUGUCACUGGAGCUGGUUCUGGUCUUGGCCGAGGUGUAGCCAAACGACUUGCAGCAUUAGGUGCAACAGUAGUUCUGUGGGAUGUUAAUGAAAAAGGAAAUGAAGAUACAAAACGACAAAUACUUGACAGUUGGUCAAGCGCGAAAGUUUAUUCAAUGAAAGUUAAUUUAUGCGACCGAGAAGAUAUUUAUCGAGCUGCUAAACAAGUCAAAGAUCAAGUAGGAGAUGUAACAAUUGUAAUUAAUAAUGCUGGUGUAGUCAGUGGAAAAUCAUUACUAGAUAUUGAUGAUGCAUCAAUUCAACGUACAUUUGAUGUUAAUAUUAUCGCACAUUUUUGGGUCCUUAAAUCAUUUCUUGGUUCUAUGUUAGCUGCAAAUCGUGGUCAUAUUGUUACUAUUGCGUCUGGUGCUGGUAUAUUUGGUAUCAGUAAAUUAACUGAUUAUUGUUCAUCAAAAUAUGCUGCUGUUGGUUUACAUGAUGCAUUGACAGCUGAAUUAAAACAACAGCACAAAUAUGGAAUUCAAACCACAGUUAUUUGUCCAACAUUUAUUAAUACUGGAAUGUUUCAUGGUGUUUCCGGAACAGCUACUAGUGUUAGCUUACUCGAUGAAAAUUAUGUUUGUGAUUCUAUUGUUGAGGCUAUUCGAAAAAAUAAACAUUUUGUUAUGUUACCACCAAGUACAACUUUAUUUUAUAUUCUUAAAGGAUUAUUACCUAAUGAAUGUACUGGCAGAUUUCUUCGAUUUUUUGGUUUAUCAAAUGCGAUGGACACAUUCGUCGGUCGAAAAUAA